CCUCUUUAUAAGCUGGGGCCACUCAUUGUGACCACACACAGAGGAGAAGUGCUAAGGAGUCACUGUACCUAGGAGACCAUCUGAAGCCAUCAUGUCCUUCCUGCUGCUGCUGCUCUACAUCUCUGUCAUACCGACUGCCGCAGAUGUGGACAAUGUCUAUUGCUUUGCGGAAGUGAAUGAGCAGACCGGGGAAUGUGAGGACUAUCUUGGGGAGGGCAUGUCACAUGUGGACUGCUGCCUGAACAUUAAAUAUGCCUUCAAGCUUGAUCAACGUUCUCCAUGUCAGGCCUGCCGACUGCCUGAGUGGUCUCAAUGGAGCGCUUGGUCCGGAUGUACGGUCUCGUGUUUGGAAGGCGUUCAGGAGAGACGGAGGAUCUGCAUAGGACAAGGCGACUGUAAAGGAGAUGAGGUAGAAGUUCAGUCCUGUAGCCUUCAAGACUGCUGUCCUCAGGCCGGAGGAUGGUCUGAUUGGUCCCCAUGGUCUGACUGCUCCGUCACAUGCCAAGUCGGACAAAGGCAACGGACCAGACAAUGCAACAACCCUCCACCGCUAUGUGGGGGCGGCUGCGUCGGCAAGAGCAUCGAGACAGUAGUCUGUGACACCCAACAAGUCUGUCCGACUCACGGCUCCUGGAGUAACUGGGGCCCCUGGAGGCAAUGUUCCGCCAGCUGCACAGUAGAAGGUUCUCAAAAUUUCCCAAUUCAGUCUCGUUAUCGAGAUUGUGAUAACCCUGCACCCUCUACGAUCCCACCCGGCAGACCAUGUGAGGGGAGUAACCAAGACACCAGAGACUGCCGAGACCUGCCCUUCUGUGAAGUGAAUGGAGUGUGGGGGGCAUGGCAGGACGACUCCGAAUGUUCUGUUACCUGCGGGGUUGGGCGGAUAAGACAGAAGAGGUUCUGCAAUAACCCUGCCCCCAAACAUGGAGGAAGAGAUUGUGCGGGGCCUCCAGUCAAACAAUCUUUCUGCAAUACAAAGAAGCCAUGUCCCAUCGAUGGGACAUGGUCGGCGUGGGGAGAGUGGAUCGAAUGUGCCCGAUUGCAGCAGGAUGAUAUUAAGUGCAAGAAAAAAGUUGGGAAUCAGGAAAGACUUCGCGAAUGUCAAGCCCAAAGUCAUGGAGGGCGGUGGUGUGACGGGCCGUACCGGGAGAGCCGGGCCUGCUACAACACAGAGGGGUGCAACUAUGACGGUUCCUGGUCAGAAUGGAGUCCAUGGGGGCUGUGCUCAGCUGCAUGUGGGGCGGCGGAAAAAGAGAGGAGCAAAGUGUGUGAACCGCAAUACCCCGACUAUCCAGAUAUUGUCCCAGGAGCCACUAGGAGUGUAGAAGUCUUUUUCUCUGGAACUCCAAGACCCAAAUGUUCUCCCAUCAACAAAGAACGUUUCAAAGUGGUGGAGAAAACAGAGUGCAAAAACCUUCCACCGUGCCCUUAAGGCUCGUAGUGUGGACCUCCCUUGUUUUUUAAUCCUAUCGUCACGAUGAAGGGCUUCAAUCCUUAAUGAACUAGGAGAACAACGCUUCAAUGUACUCAUGUGCACUCGUAUGGUGCCAGAUAACAAAAUUGGAGGUGCAAAAUUCCCUUAAAGAGCAUCUGUCAGCAGGAUCACCCUUAUUAAGCCAGACUUACGUCUGGUAGGGUUAAUCCUGCUGACUAAAAAGAUACCUGUCUUGUGAGAAUCGGUUGUGGCGUUCCCGAGAAAAAAAUAAUUUUAUACUUCAUGCAACUCAGGGCUUCAGUGCACAGGGGGCGGGCCUAGACCCUCAGCUUUCCAGUGCUGGCCACACCCCUCGGGGCACUGCAGCCCUGAGUUGAUGAUGGAAGAAAAAGUAUUUUGCUCUGAAACGCCACAACCGAUUUUCACAAGAAAGGUAUCAUUGUAACCAGCAGGAACAACCCUAUAAGAUGGUCUUAGGGUUGAUUCUGAUGACAAGUGCUAUUUAAACUCAAAAUGGCUGCUGAUGUAUCACACAUGGGGUUCAGUUAAAUCCUAAAGUCCUUUAACUAAUGAGGUUGAGUCUUUUAUUUAUGUGCUACCCUCCUCCUGGACAAUUUUGUCGUUCUCUCACUGAUUUUCUAUGUUUAACGUCUGACUAAAAGGAAGAAUU